UGAGUAAUUUAUUGAUGUUUUUUUUUUUCCAACUUUGUCCUAAAAACACGCAACUGUCUCAUGCAACCUUUCCUCUCUGUGAAAGAUCUGAAGACGGAGUCAGCGCGAGAAAGAGAGAGGGAUGGGUCUGUUCUCCAACAGGAUCGAUGAGGCGAGUCUGAAACCCGGGGAUCAUAUCUACUCGUGGAGAGCUGCUUACCUCUACGCCCAUCACGGAAUCUAUGUUGGAGACAACACGGUCAUUCAUUUCACCCGAAAUGGCCAAGAAGUUAGCUUGGGGACUGCGCUAGAUCGCCUGCUCGCAAGCUCGAUGACUGUUCGACACCAAGCAUUUUGUCCGACGUGCAGCCUGCUGCCAAUCGACGGCCAUGGCGUCAUCUCAUCAUGCCUCGACUGCUUUCUAGCCGGCGGGACCUUGUAUCGUUUUGAAUACUCGGUCAGCCGUUCCUACUUCCUUGUAAAGUUCCGUAGUGGAACCUGCACCCUCGCUGCCUCGGACCCAGGUGACAUGGUCAUCAGCCGAGCCCAAAAACUUCUCGAAAAGGGGUUUGGAGUCUACGACCUUCUCAAAAACAACUGUGAGGAUUUCGCGAUUUAUUGCAAGACAGGGCUGGUGGUUGUUGUUGUUGAACAAGGAGCAACGGGGCUGAGUGGUCAGGGAGUGGUCAGAUAUGCUGCUGAUAUCAUAAACAGAAGGGAUGCGGUGAAGAUCACGGUGGAAGAUCUCACGAGAAGUCGUUCUUCGAAGGGGCUUGUAGAAGUGAUUGAUCCUCAUAUGGCAGACAGUAAACCCCAAGCAGACAAGUCAGCUGCCUAG